GUAAAAGUAAUCUUAAAUGGAUAUAUUUUUAUUUUUAUGUCAAUGACUGGUGUUAUAGGAAACAUUUUAGUCAUCAUUGUUGUGUACCGUCAGGGAUUGAAGGAUACACCUCAAAUAUUGAUGAUGUCAUUAGCAGCAUCGGACGCCCUCUUUUCAACCGCUACUCUAGUUAUCCAUAUGCCUGAUAUAAUUUUUAAUGCUGAUUUUUAUCUGGCCACAACAUUUUUGACUUAUAUUAACGUGUACGUUCUUGAAAUUUAUUAUUUUACUCUAGUUCUGAGUUUCUGCACAUUUCCACUCAUCUCAUUUGAACGAAUGAUUGCUGUGUAUUUUCCUUUUCACGUGUCUAGGAUUUGCACACCUUUCCGCAUAAAAUGUAUACUUUUGUGUUUAUACGUUUAUUCAUUGGCAGCUACUAUAGUUACGGUUUUAUUUUUUUACCCUCUCUGGUUACAAGACCCGUUCUCUAACAAUUCUUAUGCUGUAGUUGCGCCAACUGAAUUUGUACAAAAUUAUUUUGAAGAAAUGAUUUUAUAUGAAACAGUAAUUUUAAUGUACCUACUCUCAAUCAUCCCAGUAUCUGUAACAACAAUUUGUUGUCUAAUGAUUAUUGUGAAAUUGGUACGAAGUUCAAGAUCGCGUUUGUCACAAGCCAAGAUGCAAACAAAGAGCUCUCGAAACAUGCAAGUCAUUAGAAUGUUGCUGACAGCGUGUAUCUUGUCUUGUCUCUCAAGUAUUCCCACUGUAGCUAUUGACCUAUUUUGUCAAGAAGGAUAUCUACAAGUAGGUGUUAUGUCACAGAGCUAUACCUUUCUUUUGCAGACAUUAAAUCAGGUGCUUUUUCAAUUAAGCCCGACUUUAAAUAUUUUCAUCUAUUUAAUCAUGAGCUCAAAAUUUUCAGCAACAUUCAAGAAAAUGUUUCAACAAAGCCCAAAGAAAUUGUUUUGUUGA